CGCGCCACCCACGGUCACACUCGCGCCGGUCACCGCAUUUUUUUUGGGCCUUUUCAAAGAGGCGAAGUGCGGAUUUAAGAUGAAUUACUACGUCUGCCUGCACCAGGAGGGCGUCAGCAGCAUUCCGAAGCUGAUCGAGAAGGCCUACGCCAACAACUACAAUGUGGUGGCCACCUCCAUCAACGCCAACAUGGUGCCAUUCGAGCCGGACGAAUCGGAUCCCACAUAUCCGGCGACGGUUCUGAGCGCCGUGGACUGGAAUUCCAAAGUGAUAUUCACCCUGUCCGACGUAGAUGUGGACUCGCCGAACGCCAAGCUGCGCCAGCACGCCCGGGAGGUGCUCCAGCGGGACGUGGCCUGGGCGGAGCACCUGCAGAACGUGGGCAGCGUGAUGGUGCGACUGCGCGGCCCGGAAGUCGAGAAUCUUUCGGCCAUUGUGCGGGCCAAAACGAAGGAUUUAUUUCCCCUAGGGAACUGGUUCAUCCAGGUGCCCAUCACCAAUCCCGAACUGGCCACCUUCGAGCACCGCACGGAUGCCACCGCCGAGGAGGUGGCUGCGGCGGAAUCCAAUGACCCGUGGAACUGGUGGAACAACCUGCGCAUCGCCGCCAAACAGAGCACCAAGGUAAAGGUAGUGGUGGAGCUGAACGACUCGGAUCGGCCCAGCAAGGAGACGGUGCGUCGCUGGUUGGGCGAGCCCAUCGAGGCCAUCAUCAUUCCCUCCUCCCUGUUUGUGCGAAAUCGCUCCAACUACUGCGUGCUGAAGAAGGAGUGGCAGGUCAUCAUCGGGCAGUUCAUCUCGGUGCGCGCCAACAUCAUCAUCUCCACGAAUCCCAACGAUAAGGCAUUGUCCCAGUAUGCGGAUUACCUGAAGAAGCUGAUUAACGAGAACUGCGAUACGCAUGUGCUAUACAGCUAUGAAAACAUGUUGGAGAUUCCUCUGCAGCCACUCUGCGAUAAUCUGGACAGCUAUACAUACGAGGUGUUCGAAACCGAUCCUGUCAAGUACAAGCUUUACCAGAAUGCCGUGCAGGCGGCUUUGUUGGAUCGAGUGAGCGAUGCAGAGGCCAAAAGCAAGAUGACAGUCGUCAUGUUGUUGGGAGGAGGACGAGGUCCUUUAGCGAGGGCUGUUUUUAAUGCAGCCGAAUUGACAAAGCGACAAGUGCGCCUGUACAUCAUAGAAAAGAAUCCCAAUGCCAUCCGCACGCUCUCCCACAUGGUUAAAACACUUUGGGCCAACAAGGAUGUUCACAUCUUCUCAAAGGACAUGCGCGACUUCUCCCCGCCCGAGCCGGCUGACAUUUUGGUAUCCGAGUUACUCGGUUCCUUUGGCGAUAAUGAACUUUCGCCCGAGUGCCUUGACGGAGCCUUGAAGCUGCUCAAACCGGAUGGCAUCAGCAUACCCUACAAAUCCACCUCCUACAUUAAUCCCCUGAUGUCUGCCAUUCUGCAUCAGAAUGUCUGCCAAUUGGUGUCCACCGUGCCUGCCUUCGACUACGGUUAUGUGUCGCUCCUGAAGAAUAUCUACCACAUUGAUGAGCCGCAGGCUUUGUUCGAGUUCACUCAUCCCAAUCGGGCGGAGAAAAUUGACAAUACGCGCUGCAAGGUGCUCUCAUUUACUGUGAAAAAGGAUUGUGUGCUGCACGGAAUCGGCGGUUACUUCGAUACUCACUUGUACAAGGAUAUCUGCCUGAGCAUCAACCCGCUAACCCACACGCCAGGCAUGUUCUCCUGGUUCCCCAUGUUCUUCCCAACGCGCCCAAGGACUCUCAAGGAGGGACAGACCAUAUCCAUCAAGUUCUGGCGCUGCGUGGAUGCGACCAAAGUGUGGUACGAGUGGCAGGUGGUCAACUCUCCCGAGGAUUGGGAGCAUCACAACACUUGCGGCACUGGCUACAACAUGCGACUGUAGCAGCAGGAGAU